CCCGCGAGACCGGAUGUUGCGGCGCCAUCCCGGAUCCGUCACUUCCGGGGCGGGGCCACCCCCCACUCGCGGAAGCGGGCAGGAGGCUGGAGCCGCGUGCGAGACUUGCCGAGAGGGAACUCAGGAGGUGCUGGGGACCUUGAGUGGUGCUGGAGUCUCAUCUUACGAGCUGUCUGGCUGCCUCCCAACCGUAAGGAAGCAUCUCCUGAGGCUGCAGAGAAGCCUGAGGAAGGCCAAAGCGAUGGCUGGCUGUGGGGAUCCCUGCUCCGGCGGCUCUGGACUCCUCCUCGCUCUUCGCCUGGCAUAGCUCGGGCUGUUGGGAGCGAUUCGGUUUUGGAUCCACCAGCCUAUCAGGGUGAGAGGAUGGCUGCCUCCGUGAUGGGCCAGGCCGUGCUCACUCACGUGCUGGUGGCCCUUUUCGGAAUGGGCUCCUGGGUCUCCGUGAACUCCUUGUGGGUGGAGCUCCCCGUGGUGGUGAAGUGGCUUCCAGAAGGCUGGAAUCUCCCUGCCUACCUCUCGGUCCUCAUCGCCCUGGGGAACGUGGGCCCCAUCGCCGUCACCCUGGCCCACAAGCUGGCCCCUGGGCGGCUGAAGGAGCGCUGGGUCAUCCACGCCAGCCAGGUGCUGGGCGUGGGGGCGGGCCUCUUCCUGGCUCUCUUCUGGCACCGGACGGCCACGGUGGCGGGGGAGCCCCACAGCCUGGCCUUCCUGCUCCUGGCCUUCGUCCUGGCCUUGGUCUGCUGCACCUCCAACGUCACCUUCCUGCCCUUCAUGUACCGCUUCCCCCAGCCGUUCAUCCGCACCUUCUUCGUGGGCCAGGGCCUGAGCGCCCUCUUCCCCUGCGUGCUGGCGCUGGCCCAAGGGGUGGGCAAGCUGGAGUGCCGCAACGCCACCUCCGGCAACGGCUCCCAGCCCCACUACCUGCAGGAGAACUUCCCUGCGGACACCUACUUCUGGCUGAUGGCCGCCAUGCUCGCUGUCUCGGCACUCGCCUUCCUGGGGCUGAUCCUGCAGCGCCGCCGCGCCAGCAGCGCCGCCGCCUGCCAGGAGAGCGCUUCCAAGGGCAGCAUGGAGACGGAGGAGUCCUUCCCGCUGCAGGACGGCACCCCCACGGCGGACAGCGCCACGGAGAUCGCCAAGGGCGCCCACCCCCCGGCCCAGCCCGCCUCCUUCUGGACGGGCCGGAACAUCUACCUGCUGGUGCUGCUGGGCGUCUCCAAUGCGCUGACCAACGGCGUGCUGCCCUCGGUGCAGAGCUACUCCUGCCUGCCCUACGGGAGCACGGCCUAUCACCUCUCCGUGGUGCUCAGCAACAUCGCCAACCCCGUGGCCUGCUUCGUCGCCAUGUUUGUGCCCCACUACCUGCAGGAGCCCCUGCCCAGGCGCUCGGACCGGCCCCUUGGGGGGAAACCAGCCCCCAGGCACCUGCUCCCGUUUGCACCCGGCUUGGGAGACAAAGAAGGUUUAUUUCAUGGGAAGCUGCAGAUUCCCAGAUGA